CAGAGAGAGAAAGAGAGAGAGUCAAGUAAGCCUGCACUCAGUGACCAACUCACUCCAUACCCUGCCCUGCUGUUAAUUAAACGGCGAGGGGAGAAGGGCCAGCUGAGAAUUCCCCGCGGCCGCCGGUGCGCCUUGUUGGAGUGACACCGACAACAGUCGAGAAAUCCCGCUCGGAAAGGGAGAGAGGAACUCGCAGGCGGCGGAAUGAACGCUGACAGCUAACGCCCGGAGCAGAUCGGGACUUCAUGAGUGGGAAGUGGAGCGGUGGUUGGAGACAACGCGGAAAGCCGACGGAUAGACAACGGCCAGUGUAACUUCAUUUAUUCAUCGAGUAAAAAAAAACGAGAGAGAUACUACUGCAAUGAACAAACUAGGCUUCUGUAAGGCCACCUUGGGACUGUGGCUUGUCUGUAGUCUGUUCCUGGGAAGCGCCGAGGGGAAUUUUGCCGAUCACCACGUUCAUUCCAGCUUCAUUUACAGGCGUCUGCGGAACCACGAGAGGAGGGAGAUUCAGAGGGAGAUACUCUCCAUCCUGGGGCUUCCUCACCGCCCCCGGCCCUUCUCGGUGGGGAAGCACAGCUCGUCCGCGCCGCUCUUCAUGCUGGAUCUGUACAACGCGAUGUCCAGCGAGCAAGAGGCGGAGCGAGGAACGGCCAGAGGUGCCGUGCCUUACCGCGCCGCUCUCGCCACCCAGAGCCCAUCGCUCGCCAGCCCGCACGACACCAACUUCCUCAACGACGCUGACAUGGUCAUGAGCUUCGUGAACCUAGUUGAAAGGGACAAGUACUUCUCUCACCAACGAAGACACUACAAGGAAUUCCGAUUUGAUCUCACACAAAUUCCUGAAGGCGAGGCAGUAACAGCAGCAGAAUUCCGCAUUUACAAAGACCGAAGCAACAGCAGAUAUGAAAAUGAUACCUUCAGGAUUACCAUAUACCAGGUUAUUAAAGAAUAUACUAAAAGGGAUGCCGACCUCUUCCUGCUGGACAGCAAAAAAAUUCGUGCGUCAGAGGGUGGAUGGCUUGUGUUCGACAUCACAGCUACCAGCAAUCACUGGGUACUGAACCCACAACAUAACCUGGGCUUGCAGCUUUGUGUGGAAAUAAUGGAUGGUCGGACCAUUAACAUUAAAUCAGCUGGCCUAAUAGGAAGGCAUGGACCACAGUCCAAGCAGCCAUUCAUGGUGGCCUUUUUCAAAGCCAGUGAGGUGUUGCUCCGUUCUGUCAGGGCUGCCAACAGCAAACGCAAAAACCAAAAUCGAAACAAAUCCAGCAGCUCUCAAGAUUCCUCAAGAUUAUCCGGCCCUGGAGAUUACAACACCAGUGAGCAGAAACAGGCGUGCAAGAAGCAUGAACUCUACGUCAGUUUCCGGGACCUGGGAUGGCAGGACUGGAUCAUAGCUCCAGAAGGAUAUGCUGCGUUUUACUGCGAUGGCGAAUGCUCCUUUCCACUCAAUGCGCACAUGAAUGCUACAAACCAUGCAAUUGUUCAAACACUGGUUCAUUUGAUGUUCCCUGACAACGUCCCCAAACCUUGCUGUGCACCAACCAAGCUAAAUGCAAUCUCUGUGCUGUACUUUGAUGACAGUUCAAAUGUCAUACUGAAGAAAUAUCGAAACAUGGUGGCUUUUGGGCAGAUCGGCGCGAGGGGGUCGAGAGAGAGGAUGCAAUGCUCUAAGCUGGGCGAGGAUCGGACCCCAAAGGGGGGUCCGAGGCCGGGAGAUUCUCCGAGGAGGGGGGAUGAAGCUAAAUGUGUUUGGUUGACCACUCGGAGGGUCCUGAGCUGUUUGGAGAGUCGAGGAGUUCGGAGGGUCCUGAGCUGCGAGUCGAGGAGUUCGGAGGGGAUCGAAUGGUGGCCAGAAGACUUCAGAAAUUGAGCUCCAACGGCUGUGCACGAAGUGGUUUGGACUUUGAUAAGUUUGGCGCCUUUUCUUUAAUUUUCUCUUCAUAUAUACUGUAUCGUUAUUAAUCACUUAGUUAUAGUAACCUUUAUAAAUUGUACUCAUUUAAUCGCAUAUGGUGUACUGUCUGUUUUUGGGUGAGGCGGGGACAUCACACAGCAUCCACACCAGCUGAUUACCCAGUUUGGCGGGGCCGAAGGCUGCUCCCCCUAGACAAGAACGAGCUGAGCGAGCCUGAGGCGACCCAGGGAAUUACAUGCAGAUUUCCUCGUGUUGACUAUUUGUACGUUAACUCUUUCAUUCUUGGAAUAAUUCCCAUGAACCUCCUCUGGACCCUCUUCAAUGCCAGCAUAUCCUUUUUGACAUUAGGGGCCCAAAAUUGCUCACAGUGCUCCUAGUGCUGAAUUGAGGCGGUGGCACCUGGGUCCAAGAGUGAGAAAUGAGCCAUUGAUUGGCCAACUUAAGCACUGAGCCAGAUUGAAAAGAUUAGAAGAUACCUGAAUCCAGGCAUGACAGUGUGGAACAAUCUAAUGACUGGUUAUCGUUGGAGCAGACAUGGGGUCGAAUCGGCCUGGGUCCAAGUGCGAGGAACGAGCUGAUGAUUUAAUCACUGGGUUAACUUGAAAAGGUUGUGUUGUCAGGGCCUGAGGUGAGGGACGGGCUAGUGUUCAGCUCACUGUUCUGUGAGGUUUACUCGUAUCUGUACUGAACUGAGGCUGUGGCCUGCAACUAACAGCUCCUGCACCAGCUGCAACGACAAACUGACUUUGUGGCUCUGGACUCACUUUCGUGAACUUCAUUUCUGAUUGUUAUUUGUUUACUUUUUAUUGUUUACACAAUUUCUUUUUUUUCCACACAUUAGGUGCUUGGCAGUUUUUUUUUAAUUGGUUUUAAUUGAGUUUCUUUGUUUUGUGUGUCUGCUAGAAGAAAACAAAUCUCAAGAUUGUUUAUAGUAUACAUACUUUGAUAUAAAUGUAUUUUAAACUUUGAAGUGCAG